GUGACAUCUGCACCCGCUCCCAAUGCGCUGCAGGCGGUUUUAAGUUGAUUGAAAAUGGCGGAGCAAACGAGUUUGGAGCAGGAGAAGCUACAAGAUGAAGGACCAGAAGAGAAGGCAGAGAAAACUGUGAAAACUAAGACUGUUUCUUCCAGUAAUGAAGGAGAAAGUUCAAGUCGAAAUGCAGAGAAAAGAGCAGCUGAUGAGAAAGAUCAAGAUGAUUCAGCUGCUGGGGAUGCAAACAACAAACCCACUCCUGCAAAAGUGUCAAAAAUUGGAUUUUCGAUCGGAAGUAUGAAUUUAAAGAAGCCAGCCCCAAUAUCCAUCAAAUUGGGAGCAAAUAAACCGAAAGAAAAUCCACCUGUCUUGGCUCCAAAGAAGCCUUCAGUUGCUGCAGUCUUCAAUGAAGAUGAUGAUAGUGAACCAGAAGAAAUGCCCCCAGAAGCAAAAAUGCGCAUGAAGAACAUGGGAAGGGAAACACCAACAUCAGCAGGACCAAAUUCUUUCAACAAAGGAAAACAAGGGUUUUCUGACAACCAGAGGUUAUGGGAACGGAAAAUGAAGAGUCAGCUACGGAAUUUUGGAGAUGAUGACUAAAUGACCAGAAUUAAAUAAAAUGGAGAGAUGGAAUAGAAAUUUAGGGAUUAACAAAUGUUCAAAACCCUUCAGAUUGCUUAAAAAUGGAAACCAUUCAAUGAUGGGUGUAUAAUGUACACUUAAAAACUUUUCACUAUAAAUUGUAAUGAGUGCAAUGUGUUUAGUAAACAUUGAUACAAGCGGCAGAAUAUUCUGACAGAAGUUGACAUUUAGAUUGUCAUUUUUCAUAGCUACCGUUGAUUUGUUUUUAGAGUGUUACAGUGUGCUAUUUGGUUUUGGAGUGCUGUAAACUAAAAUAUCUUUAAAUCAGUACAUAACAGUAGCAAGGAAGAGUUUAAUUUUCACAACGUUUAAAAAGUUCAUGAUCGUUAACUGCAUAGCUCUUGAGAACAGUUUUAUGCUUCAUGUUUGGGAGGGACAUUUUUGUUUUGAGCUGUUUUAAUUGUGCAAGUAUUUAAAGAUGACCACUAUAAGCAUUUAUAUUUCACAAUGCAACAUUACUUCCCAGAGAAAGGAUGCGCUAGCGAUACAUUACUAAAUUGUGGAUAAACAUAAAUAGGCAUGAAAUCAUUGAGUAUUGGAAUGACACAGGAGAAAUGUGCAUAUUGAUGCUCCAAUCUCAAUCCAGAUUAUUAUCAAUAGGGGGUCAUGAUUUUACAUAAAUGAAUAACUUUGCAUAUGACAUACCUGUUAAGAGUAUGGUGAAUAUAGUCAUUCCUAUUCCCAUAAGAAAUGUAGGCAGCAAAAUCGCACCAAAACAAUUAGCAGGGCGGUGAUGUUGUGAAUUAAUUGCUACAAUUAAAAAUUAAAAUUAACAAUGAAAUUGAAUCAGUUGGCCAUAUCUUUGCUGAAACUUUUAUUAUCCUAACCAUUGCAUUCAAAAGUUUAGAAUUGGUUGUGUUGAACAACAACGAUAAUAGUAAAUUACAAUGAAGAAUAGAAUUACCGAUCUAGUCUACUUAGGACAUUUACCAUUGUUAAUUCAAAUCAUUCAAGCCAUUGGACACUCAUCUUCUGAGCUCUGGCUGUUUUGCUAAGAUUUGCAAAUUUAGGCAUUUGCUCUAUUCUCUUUUUUGGUAAUUUCAUCUUAUGGUCUGAGAUCAGGCAUUCCAGUUAUAUCUUAAGAUUCGCCCUUCCUAAAGCCUAUCAAAAAUUGAUCACUGGCACGCUUUAUUCAGAGAUUUACUCUGCUUUCUUCCAUCUCAGCUUAGUUUUUCAGUUGUAUAAAUCUAUCAGAAAUAUUUAAAAAUCAAGGGAAAGUGCUGCAUUAUCUCAAAUUUAAAUGCUGUGAAAUGGAUUUAGUACUUGUACAUAGUGGUUAUGUAAUUUUCCAAUCCUAAUGUCAUUAGACUGGGCCUUCAAGACUUUUGCCUAGUGAAAAAAAGCUUUCCACCAAAUCUGCUACUUUUGUUUGAUUGAUUUUAAGUGUUUCACACUGUAAUUGGCAAAAAAUAGAUAUCUUCCCUUUACAACCUGUAUAUUAGAGGCGAUAGACAAUUGUUUCCAUUUCACACCAUGUCUAGAAUUCUGUAAAUAUAAUUAAAUUUAGACAGCUUUGUUCAUGCAAUCAUCUUUCUUGUUAAAAAUAAUUUUAGUGAUUUAUACCCAAACUAGUGCUGCAAAUGGCUCAGUUAGUGCAAGGAAUAUUUUGCGCAACUGGUGGUUCACUGAUGUCCAAAAUUAAUUUUGUUGAGAAAGUUGCCUAUACAUUUAAAGGUAAGAAUAUCCAAGUUUUUUUUGGGGAAGUUUAUUCAUAUCUCAUUAAUUCAAAAGCACAGCUACCUUAAUUUUUAUGAUCUGCGACCUUGGAGACCUAUAAACAUUUUUGAAUGUAACAGUUCUUGCUGUUAGCCAUGCAAUUGGUCAUUUUGUCACCUUAAUAUAGUCUGAGAUAGAGAUUGUGCAGUCAUUGUUGCACUGGGUAAUUUGGGCACUGAUACGAGAUGUUGGUAGUAAAAUUUUGAUAGUUUGCUUCAGUAUUUGUAGGAAGGCUAAGAAAUUAGCAAAAGAUUCUUCCUCGUUAUUCAGUGGCUUUAGGGUUGGCUGAAUCUAUUGCUGGUGUCUUCUGAAGAAGAUAUCGGACAAAUGAGUGAUACUCUCCGACCAACCUGCCAUCGGGCUUGCACGUGAGGAAUUGAGUCUUUAAUUGAUGUUGGAGAUUUACAAAGGCCAAAUCUUUUUGCAUGAAAUAUUUCCUAUUAACUGAUGGAGCGGGAAAGGAGAUUAACUUUGUUUCCCCCUCGUGACAGCCAAGUGUGCUCUACUCUCCUCGGGCAGAUGUAAAACAUGCAUUCCUUAGUGUAAUAAUUUGAGCUGCUGUGGAAGUUUCCUUAAAUUGAGUAACUUGAAUACGAUGGAAAAUAUCUUAAAUUUAUAUAUUUUCAAUUGGAAUUGGAGAAAUAAUUUUGAACAAAAGCUCUCCAUUAUUGAUAUCUGCUUUAGUGGAUUUCAGAUGAGUAUUGUCAUGAACCCGUAUCUGUCAAUGUCAAGCCUAGAAAGGAACUGAUGAAGUUGUGAAGUAGCUCACAGUUGAGACUUGAAUAUCUAAUAGUAAGGUUGCUUAAGACCUGUGGGGGGGGGGGGGAAAUAGGGGUAUAAAUAUUAAAACCUGCCCUGUCCAUGGCCAAUGAAAACCUAGCCUUUUCCAUAUCUGGCCAAAGCAGUGCUGUGAGUAUAAGUUACACGUGCAGGCAAGUAUAAUAGACACUUAUGUACACCCUCAAGGCUUGGGUUAGGUACCCAAGCUCUACAAUAAGGGGAGGAGGUAAAAAAAUAGAUUGCAAAGCCACUGUAAUUUCUUAUUUGCUUCCAUUCAUUUUUUUAACAAAUUGACUGGUGUUGAAGUAUCAAAGGAGGUAGAAUGUGAGAGUACACUUCAAUUUUAUUUUGCUUUUUCAGUGGCUUUAUAUCAAAGCAUUUCUAAUCCAAUCAAGCUUGAAACAGUUCAAAAAUGUCAAGCGGCAUUGCUUUUUCAGUUACACCCUUUCCAAAUCAGUACAUCUGCUAUGCACAGGGGCUUCAUUAUGGCCAACUGCAUUGGCUACAAUUUUCAUUAUUGGUUUUCAUCAUUUACUGCAGAAUGAACCGAAUGCUUAAACUUAGAAGGUUGGAAUUCAGUUUUAUAGAUCUUAACCAAACACUAAAAUGAUUUUUUUGUGUAACAUAUCCAACUUACUAUGUGUUGAGUGCUGAACCACACAUCACUAUCUGUGGUACUAUGCUGAGCAUAGAUUAUUUCAAAACUGUAUCACAUUGCUUUCAUGGGGCUCUUUGAUUUAGACUGAGAGAAUAGGUGAGUUUAUAAAUUAGGCUCGUCCCCUUCUUCUGUCCUCCCUCUUGCCCAUUGUGGAACAAAAAAAAGAAAUGUAAUUUUCAGUUUUUUAUACAAAUUGUAGCAAAUCUGGUGGGGGAGGGAGGUUUAUAAAAACUUCCUUUCACUGAAGAGAGGGAGUUGAAAAACAUCUUCGUAAUAUACCUAUACAUUCUAAAAAGAGCUAGGUUAAAAACACAAUUUGCACCCUUGCAUUCAUAGUAAACAGUAUACAGAAGUAUUUUUGUACAUUGUGAUUCUUGAUCACAUUUUACUUUGAUUUUCAUUUUACUAGAUAGCAGGCAGAAUAUUUUAAACUUUGUAGCAGUUAGAGAAUUGAAACAAUGUAAAAUUAGCAAUUUAUUUCAAGUGAAUGGUUAUUUGAAGAAAGCUUUUUAAAUGGCCAAAGCCUAUUUAAAACGAAUACUUGCUGUGGUUCAUUAAUCCCAUUAUUUGCCUUCAGUUAUUUCUCCGAUCACAGAAACUAUUUAUGAUUUCUUGAUUAUUGGGACAUCCAAGCUGCCUUUUGAUAUAUUUUGUUGUCAUUGCUGCAGCAAAGUGGUGAAAUAAUUGCUGACUUAUCAAGAUUCUCCCUGUGAGAUCUGUGCCCUCCUAAUGGCCAAAAUAAAUUCAAGAACUUCAAGCAGUAAAUCACAGGUGCAGAUGUAGAUCCUGUGCAGGAUUUAAAUGUUAAAGCUUGCUGUAUUUUCAGAUGUUAGAAUUGUUUUCCUUCAUCUGUAAGCCUUUUGCUGUGUAUAUAAAAAUGGCUUCUUGUCUGUUUACUUAUGAGGUUGUUUUGUUAAAGAAAUGUGAUUUUUAUUGUACUGAAAACGUCAAACUUUACAGGUUGGGCAGGGAAAAUAAAAUGCUUUCUGGAUCAGUA